AUGAAUGUCGUCGUUUUGCUGUAUCUGUGCUCCUUGGUUCUGGCUGAGGAUACUGGACAACCAGCUGGGUUGAUGGCAGAUUGUCCAGGGAUGAACAAAUCGACUCUUCUAUCAGAGAAGACGAAGAAAUCUCUGUCCGUGAUAGUGGUGUACCCAUCUAGUGGCUUUCUGGGGCACAGGGAGACACGAUGUAGCCUGAGUGCCGAGGGAGCCGCCUGUGCAGCUAAACAUAUACCGAUAAACGAUCUCAAGAAGAGGAAGACAUUGGUGAUGAUUAGCGGAUACAUGGACAGCACGUUCUCUCCAGUAGUGCGCACGUUACUGGCAAUGUACCUCGGCCUAGGACGAAACGUCAUCGUCCUGGAGAUAUUCCCCAUUCUAGUGAGAUCUUAUCCUAUAGCUGCCCGCAUCACGAAGCCGCUGGGCAACCUACUAGGAGAGUUCCUGGCCUCGCUGACCUCUCGAGGUCUGUCUUCGAAGAAAUUGGAGCUGGUGGGAGGGAGCCUGGGCGCCCACAUCGCGUCGUACGCAGCCGACACGUAUAAACUACUGACCGGCCGACGACCCGCUCGACUUACAGGACUGGACCCAGCCGGUCCUUGCUUCCGCAACGUACCGCCCACGUCCCGACUGCACGCUGGCGCAGCUGACAGAGUCGACGUCUUGCAUACAAACAUCGACGGGUUUGGCAUACCCGACCGGCUAGGACAUGUUGACUUUUAUGCUAAUGGAGGUGAAUACCAACCAUACUUAAAGGGCGACUUCAUAAUGCCGUGCUUCCAGUUAUGCAGUCACGUUCGAUCAGUAUUCUACUGGUACCUAUCCUACAGCAACCCCGACAAAUUCAUCGCAGUGCAAUGCGACUCAGUCGCAGAUGCAAGACAUGGCAACUGUUACGAAGGAACUCUAAGGACUAAUGCUUUAGGUCCUAAUACGAACUUUAGUAAAACUGGGGUGUUCUAUUUACCGACUAAUGCUAAGUCGCCUUAUUAUUUAGGAUUGAACGGCUUGAAGAAGAGGAAGUACGGUGUCAAUGACUAUCUUAUGACCCCCGCACCUGAUGAAGACAUAACGAUUUAAAAUGUUAUAUUUAGACUUA